CAAUCAACACAUACUAUCAGCAAGUUUUUGAGACAAAAACUGAAUACUCCAGUUUAGCUACUAUGGGUUUCGAAAAUGAGGUUAUCAUUCAACAUUUGAUCGCUGACAUAGUAUUUUUUCUGAUAUUUCUUUGUAUCGAAAAUCUUAAUGUGACAGUAUCAAGUAUUAGAGAUCUAGAUGAAAAUAGAAUUUUAGGUGUUGGUACUGGAUUUGUUUUUUCAUUUGUAACAUGUUAUCAUAAAGAAUUGCAUCUAUUUGUGUUAAAAAUUGAAAAAUAUCAAUGUGUUUUAGAGAUCUAUUUAGAUUUAGAUUUAAAAUGUAUUAAUACAAUUACAGGAACAGAUCCAGAUCAAAUUUGGAAUCAAGUAGAAAUUCUUAAAAAAUAUAUUAGAUUAUAUCUUUUUGAAAUUAGAAACCCAUUAGUUCAGAAUCAUAUAAACAUAUUAAGAAAUGAGUUAUCCACAUGUGCUGUUAAUGAAUGGACGACAAAUAAACAACAACUAGAGAAAGUGUUUAAUCGUCAUAUAAAAUCACGAAAGAUGAAGUUAUCUAAGACAGAUUUUGAAG